GUGAAGACUCAUUGGAGAAAGGCUUCUCUCUGAUCCAGCUUCAGCUGACUUGUUUGGGGAGGUGGACUGGUUCUGCUGCUGAGGUGAUGAGUGUCACGUCAUUCCUGUCAGUGAGCAUGUCAGCCAACAUGUUUCUGAUUGUCCUCUUUGUGCCAGGGGCUCGGACUUGGUGUCGUGAAUGGUCAAAUUUCAUAGUCUCUACACCUCAGAGGAUGGAAGCUCUGAGUGGAUCUUGUUUGCUGAUCCCGUGUAACUUCAGAGCUAAAGAUAAAGAAGGGAUUGAAUAUCAGUUUGACAGCACAAGAGAAACAUAUGGACUGUGGGCUAAAGACAAUACAAACAAUGUGGUUUAUAACAGUAGUGGGACAGUUCUCAAAAAUUCAAUCAGCAUAACUGGAGACCUGAAGGAGAAAAACUGCACCACUCUGUUCUCCAACAUCAAUGCAACAUUUAAAGGCAUUUACUACUUCAGGAUCAUGAACUGGCCAUUCAGGGCAACAGGUGUCUGUGAUCCUCUGAACAUAACAGUGAGAGAUUCUCCUCCGAGCCCCAGAAUAGAGAUCUCAGGAGACCUGAAGGAGGAGGAGUCUGUCACUAUAACCUGCUCAGCUCUCACUCCCUGUCCACACUCUCCUCCUAAACUCACCUGGAGUCUCCAAAGAGACUCUCUCAACAACAUGGAGGAAAACACAGAUGGAACCUUUACAACUCAAAUCCAGGAGAGCAUCACUCUGUCAGAGCACCAUGAUGGAUACAACAUCACCUGUUCUGCCACAUAUCCUGUGAAUGAAGGCAGAGAUGUGAGGACAGCAGAGGAGACAAAGACUCUCAGUGUUUCAUAUGCUCCUAAACACACCUCAGUGUCCAUCAGUCUAUCAGGUUUGGUGUCAGCCGGUACCCUGGUUAAACUGACCUGCUCCAGCAGAGCCAAGCCUCCUGUCAGCAGGUUCACCUGGUUCAGGAUCAGCAACAACAGACCUGUGAACGUAUCUGAAGGAGAGUCUUACAGCCUUAAAGUGGCUGAAGGAGGAGUUUAUUACUGCAUGGCCACAAGUGAUCUUGGUAAUCAGACGUCUUCAAGGAUUCAUUUGAGUAUUUCAGGAUGUUUCAGAGACAUGAAGCAUCAGCUGACCAUGCUGUCUCUCACAGAUGAGUUUGGGGUUCUGGUCCACAUUACGCUGAAGAUCCUGGGGAUUGUAAUCCUGUCCAGUACAAUCCUCAUCUUUGAGUGUUGGUUUCGGUCAAACUGCUGCAACAAACCAGGAGAGCACAGAGUCAGAGACGUGGACAGAGUGAUUGAGAUGUAAGCAUCAUGAAGGUGAGGAGGAUGAUGUUAUGUCCACCAUCAAUGGAACAUGUCUCUGUCCCCCGCUCUUCUAAUUCAGCAGAAUGUUUUUCUUCCCAGCAGAUUUAUGAGAAGCUCACAGGACGUGUUUUUAAAAGUAACCCCAAAUAUAAACCUCAGCUUUAUUAUUACAGUGUAUACUACUGUGCUGUUUAAUAUCAUGAUUAUUGUAUCUAUGCACAUGUGAUGUUUUUAAAUGUAAUUAAGACUGAUUUGGAUGUAAAGAUUCAGAAGGUGGAGCAGCAGACUGUUGGAGGGAUUUUUGCUGAGCUGUGUCUUGGUGUGUAGACACAGAUACGUCUGUUGAAUUCACACAAAACACCUUGUUUGAUUCCGAUAGCUCAACCCAUGUCCUGUCACCAAACGCUGAAUCACUGCCACGCUUUGUACUCACAGCACACUUUAUAUACAGGUAUAUGUUUACAGUUCAUUGGACCACUGAGCCUCUGUGUUGACAUUGUAAAUAAAAACACAGACAGGACUCAGACCAACAGAUGAACUGACUGGAUGAAAAUGUUCUGUUGAGAAACUGAAAUAAAUUACACUUUGUUUAAUCUCUUAAA